UCUUCUCGUGUGAUACUUUGGAAAGAAGAGAGAAAUGGGUUGAAUGUUUUUGCGCCGCAAUUUCGGAAGUACAGUCAUAUACUGCGUCGGCUGAUAGCGGAUUCGGAAGUGCUGAAACAAUACCAACUUCAAGGAAGUUAAGAACACCGCAAUCGAAUGACGAAUGUCCGGAAUACGACGAAGUUAACGAAUGGCUGUUUAGAGAAUAUAAAGAUACAGCUUCUUCUGCUAAAAAAAAGUGAUGAUGACGAUGAUUAUUUAUUGCCAAACAAUUUAAGUAGGUCAAACAGCAAGAGAAAUGGCGUUGUAUACGAAAAUUUUGAAGAAUGUCGCAGAGGUACUUUUCAGUCAGAUGCGACACAAAAGGUGCAAAAACGUGGCAUACAUCAAGGGGUGUUUAUGGAGGAGCUUAAACUAAAAAUUGAUAGAACUUGUAUCUCAGCCGGUUCAGUGUCGUCUGCGUCAUGUGAUGCAUCAUCCUAUUUGUCUGUACGUGAUGGAGAUGAUUGUUUCGGUACUGAGGAAUAUUUGUCAGUGAGAGGAGAAGAAAGCCUAUAUGCAAAUGAAAAUGAUACAGGAAACAGCUCGGAUAAUGGAAACACAUCACCAGUAACGACGUAUGAAACUCCAGAAAUGCCAGGCAGCCUAAAACCAUAUAAAUUCAAAAGAAAAUACUACAUGUGUCAUGGAAAGGGAGAAGCAAAAAGGGAGUUGAAACAAAAGCCAGUCGGAGUUUUUGCUGUUUUUCCUGGAGAAUCAGGCGAACUGAGGCUUUGUGUCGUGACUCCACAUGGCUUGAAAUAUUUUCGAAUAUAUUCACAUAAUGAAAGGGUGUCACUGUUUGAAUUACACCAGAGUGAUACAUUUAGUUCACUAGAUUCCUUGCUAACAUUCUACCACAAAAAUGCGUUGCCACGAAAGGAUUACAGUGUCAAGCUUCAAAAAGGAUACAAAACUAUGUAUUAAGGUGAAACUGUCUGCUAUAUUAUCCAUUACAGUUUCGAUUUGUGGCGGACCUUCUUGGCGAUGAGUUUGCUGUGCUCGGGGCUUCCGGGAAAUGUAUCUUUACCUUUUAAUUUAAAUUGUAGUUUGACUCAGUGUUACAAUGGUUUGCAGUUUUGUUUAUUUCUUAAUUGUUUGAUCCACAUAACAUUGUUUGCUUAUAAGUUUUUGAAUAUAAAGCAAAAACAAAUUCUUGGCUCCAAGGAAAAUCCCAGACACCACCAGGCCUGUCCCAACAUGCUGAAAUGGCCGAUCCAAUAUUUAAAUUGAAUCCUGAAUAACUUUUGUACUUGAAUUAUAUAUGUUGUUAUCUGGUUUUAAACUGUGAAAUACUUUAAACUUGGUUUAUUCUUACUUUUCAUAUAAAAUGACUAUUUAAACAUGUAUAUAAUUCAUAAGUACAAGAUAAAUAUUACUGUCAAGAUUAUUCUUAUCACGCCUAGAUUAAGGGUCUCUUUCCAUUCAUUCUGCAACUACGAAAUCCUAAACAAAAGUAAGUUACAUCUGGGGCCGUAUUCAUAAAGCAUUUUAAGUAUAAGUAUAAGAAAUUGAUUAUUUACUUAAGUAUUACUUAGGUAAGACAUUUAUUUUACUUAAGUAUAUUUGUUAUUAAUAAAACAACUUAAUAAGUAAUUCUUGGCUUUUAUUGUGGGCGAAAAAAAACAUUAAUUUCAGACAGAUACAACAUGCACAAUUAUGUUUAAAGUGCUUUUAGCUCAAAAACAACCCCUUAAUCGUACUAGCGACGCCAUUUUGUUUUCUGACUUAAGUCAUUUCUUAAGUUUAAGCUGUUUUAUGAAUAGGACUUAAGUUUUUACUUAAACUUAAGCUGAAAUCACCACAUACUUAAGUAAAAUCUUCAACUUAAGUCAAAACUUAUACUUAAGAUGCUUUAUGAAUACGGCCUUUGGAAGAUAGGAAUGAAUAUUGUUAUUAAGCUUUUAACUUGAAGCCAGCGACCAAAAUCACUUAAUCGAAGACGUCUUUCAUUUUAUAAAAUUACAUGACGUGCAGUAAUAAAGGUUGGUCUGGAUUUGUACAAACCUAUGUAUUUUUUUAUACAAAAACUUUGUAAUAACUAUGUAAUGGUUAGUUUUGAGAAAUGCUUUAUAUUAUAAAGUCGCUUUUGAUUCUGAUUGCUUUUUGCUGUGGAUUGACAAGAUGCAUACGCCUUAACGCCGGUUGUUGCAUUACCUUUUGUUGCAAAAUUCUUUUUUUAUUUUUAAUGCUGAAACAGAUCAUUUAUUACGUUUACCGACAGAUUUGCAGGCAAAUGUCAUCACUGCCUUUAACAGCAAUUCGCACUAUCUGUGUGUUAUUUAAACAUGAACAAUGCCUGUUUUUGUUUCUGAUGAUGCUAAAAUAUAUCUCAGAGUGCUUUUAGUUAAGUUAUUCUUCAUUUUGAUAUUGUUUAUUUUCCCCACCUUGAUGUAGAUAUAACACGUGUAACAUUUUAUGGGGUUUAUAUUUCAUAGCCAUGUAACCGUACUGCGGUAUUUGCUCUUCCGAAUAUCAAUAUUACCGAAAAAGGUCUUCUUCUGCAGGGCUUUAGUUGUGAUACAUUUCGCAGAUCGUUUGCUUCAUCUUAUCACUGUAAUUCUGAGUUAGCUGUAGGUUUUAGAAGUACAAUUAAGACAUUUCUGUGACAAGAUAUCUCACAACCUGAUUUAUAUGGAGAUUACAAAUAUCUUAAGAUUCAUGGGCAUGCUAGUUGUCAUUUGUGAGCGUUAUACAUUUGAACUAUCAAGCGCUUUAUUGAAAGUGGCUAUAAACGACGUCUUGUUCUAAAACGAAUUGCAUGCUUAGUAUUAAGUCCUUUAAGAUAUUUGAUUUCGAUGACGGUGAAGGUUCCGAUAUAUUGACAGUUACCUUUUAAACCCCCGUAGGUGACAGGCUGAUAUUUGGUAAUUAUUUCCUGUCCCUUAAUGGUGUUUCGUUUGGUGCUUUGAUAAAUACCAUGUGAAGUGUUCUAUACUUGGUUUUGUUAACUACCUUUUACAUAUUAUAAUAAUUGCUUUGCGCAGGCGCAACAUUGUUUAUAUGAAUAUGUAUCAUAAUAAAUGAGCUGUAUUAUACCUUUGCUAAAUAAAAUAUUUAGUAGUUCAUUGUA